UAUACGAUGUUGCUCCAUGUGUGUGCGCACGUGCACGUCCGCGGGUCAGCUCGCAGCGGUGUGUCUCUGAAGAGAAGCCGGCGCUGAAGCAUCCGGGCCGGACUGCACAGAGAUGCAGACACGCAGCCUCAGCUCCUCGCUGAUGUCAUGGUGACCACACCGCCGAUAUCGUUUAUGUGCGUGUUGCAAUGGCGGUGUUGAAGUGGAGGUGAGCGGCACCGUUGCUCGGGGGGAGUGCGCACUCUUUUUUUCCUCUCCGAUUUUUCCAGGGAAACGACCAAAACACAUAGAUCAGCUUUUUGCUCCUUCCUUUCCUGCUGGUUCUUGUACGAGGAACCAUGGCGACGGGACAGGAUGACAGCACUGUCCGUGUGGCGCUGAGGAUUCGUCCGCAGCUGGCCAGAGAGAAGAUCGAGGGAUGUCACAUAUGUACGUAUGUGAUGCCCGGGGAGCCUCAGGUGAUCCUGGGGAAGGAUAAGGCCUUCACCUACGACUAUGUGUUCGACAUGGACUCCCAGCAGGACGCCAUCUACAAAGCAUGCACAGAGAAGCUCAUCGAUGGCUGCUUCGAAGGCUACAAUGCCACCGUCUUCGCAUAUGGACAGACGGGUUCAGGGAAGACCUACACCAUGGGGACGGGAUUUGAUGUCAACUUUGUUGAGGAGGAGCUGGGCAUCAUCCCCCGCGCCGUCCACCACCUAUACAAAGGCAUCGAGGAACGCCGCCAAGCUGCCCAGGAGCAGGGACGCCCUGUACCAGAGUUCAAGAUCAACGCCCAGUUUCUCGAGCUUUAUAAUGAGGAAGUUCUGGACCUGUUUGACACAGUGCGAGACAUGAAGCAGAAAUCUCACAUCAAGAUUCACGAAGACGCCACCGGAGGAAUCUACACCGUAGGAGUGACCACACGCACCGUGUCCUCCGAGGCUGAGAUGAUCCAGUGUCUGAAGCUGGGUGCUCUGUCUCGCACCACAGCCAGCACUCAGAUGAAUGUCCAGAGCUCCCGUUCUCACGCCAUCUUCACCAUCCACCUGUGCCAAGUCCGCGUUUGUGCCUCUGACAAUCAAGAAAAUGAGACUGAUAACAAAGUCUCCAACGGAAACUCUGAGCUGGACGAGUACGAGACGCUGACGGCCAAGUUUCACUUUGUGGACCUGGCAGGUUCCGAGAGGCUGAAGAGAACUGGAGCAACCGGCGAUCGAGCCAAAGAGGGCAUCUCCAUCAACUGUGGACUGCUCGCUCUGGGGAAUGUAAUCAGUGCUUUGGGCGACCGGGGCAAGCGGUCCGCACACGUGCCUUACAGGGACUCCAAACUCACCCGGCUCCUACAGGACUCGUUAGGAGGAAACAGCCAAACAGUGAUGAUCGCGUGCAGCAGCCCAUCUGACCGAGACUUCAUGGAGACGCUGAACACAUUGAAAUAUGCCAACCGAGCCCGGAACAUCAAGAACAAGGUCAUGGUGAACCAGGACAAAGCCAGCCAGCAGAUCAGCGCUCUGAGGACAGAAAUAGCUCGACUGCAGAUGGAGCUGAUGGAGUACAAGACGGGUAAACGCAUGGUGGGUGAGGAUGGUGUGGAGAGCUUCAGCGAUAUGUUCCACGAGAAUUCUAUGCUGCAGACAGAGAACGGCAACCUGAGGGUGAGGGUGAAGGCCAUGCAGCAGACCAUUGAUGCUCAGAGGGGGCGGCUCACCCAGCUGCUCAGUGACCAGGCCAACCAGGCCCUCGCCAAGGCGGGUGAAGGAGGAACAGAGGAAAUUGGAAAGAUGAUUCAGAGUUACAUCAAAGAGAUUGAAGAACUAAGAGCCAAACUCCUGGAGAGUGAAGCCGUCAAUGAGAAUCUGAGGAAGAAUCUGUCUCGUGCCUCCAGCCGUCAGUCGUUCUACGGCGGGUCCAGCCCUUUCUCCUCCCCGAUGAUGGCUCCUGAGAAGGAGACGUCUGACAUCAUCGAACUGGCCAAGAAAGACCUGGAGAAACUGAAGAGACGGGAGAAAAAGAAAAAGAAAGGACUCCAGCUGCUGUUGGAGGAGAGAGAGAGGGAGGAAAGGGAGGAAGUGGUGGAAGAGGUUGGGGAUGCCAGUGUCAACAAGGAGGAAAUUCCUGACAACGAGCAAGAAAAGGGAACGGAGAAAGACAUGUCAGAGCGAGCCAACGAGGAAGCAGAAAUCGAGGUCCAGGAGGGCAGCGACCAUGAAGAAGGAGAGGAGGAAGAGGAUGAGGAAGAGGAGGAGAUGGAUGUGGAGGAGAGCUCUGAUGAUUCUGACUCUGAGGCCGACGAAAAAGAGAACUUCCAAGCAGAUCUGGCCAACAUCACCUGUGAGAUCGCCAUCAAGCAGAAGCUGAUCGACGAGCUGGAGAACAGCCAGCGGCGUCUUCACACGCUCAAGCAGCAGUACGAGCAAAAGCUGAUGAUGCUGCAGUGCAAGAUCAAGGACACGCAGCUGGAGAGGGACCGUGUCCUCCAAAACAUGAAUUCUGUAGAGAGCGGCACGGAAGACAAGUCUCGUAAAAUUAAGGUUGAAUAUGAGAAGAAGCUGAGCGUUAUGAAUAAGGAACUCCAGAAGCUCCAGUCUGCUCAGAAAGAACACGCCCGCCUGCUGAAGAACCAAUCACAGUACGAGAGGCAGCUGAAGAAGCUUCAGAUGGAUGUGGCGGAAAUGAAGAAGACAAAGGUCCGUCUCAUGAAGCAGAUGAAGGAGCAGCAGGAGAAAAAUAGGAUGAAUGAACAUCGUAGAAACCGAGAAAUUGCCACCUUGAAAAAAGACCAACGCAAGCAAGAGCAUCAACUGAAGUUACUGGAGGCUCAGAAGAGGCAGCAGGAGCUCAUUCUGAGGAGAAAGACUGAGGAGGUGACUGCUCUGAGGAGGCAGGCCAGGCCCACCUCUGGUAAGGUCAUCAGGAAAGUCAAUCUCCAAGAACCAGUCCAGGACUCCUCCCACAGACCCCCAUCUGGACGCUUGUACUCCUCCAGCAUCACUGGUCCCAAUGGAAACCGUUUUUCCUACAGGCGUACAGUCGGUAUUUACUCCACCAGAGUGGCUCGUAAUAAAUGGCAGUCCCUGGAGCGGCGAGUCUGUGAUGUCAUCAUGCAAAGGUUGACCAUCUCCAACAUGGAGGCUGACAUGAACCGCCUCCUAAAGCAAAGGGAGGAGCUGACCAAACGUAAGGAGAAGGUCAUCAGGAAGAGGGAGAGGUUGGUGAGGGAGGAGCCAGAGGCAGAGAAGACACUGCCCCCCCUCAAUGAAGAAGUGGACGCCCUGACAGCCAACAUCGACUACAUCAAUGACAGCAUCGCAGACUGUCAGGCCAACAUUAUGCAGAUGGAGGAAGCCAAGGAGGAAUGUGACACAGCGGAUGUCGCUGCUGUGAUUGGCUCUUGUACCCUUAUAGAGGCUCGUUUCCUUCUAGAUCACUUCAUCUCAAUGGCCAUAAAUAAGGGUCUGCAGGCGGCUCAGAAGGAGUCCCAGGUGAAGGUGAUGGAGGGCAGGCUGAAGCAGACGGAGAUCACCAGCGCUACACAGAACCAGCUGCUCUUCCACAUGCUGAAGGAGAAAGCAGAGUUCAACCCAGAGUUGGACGCCCUGCUGGGGAACGCCCUGCAAGAGCUAGGUAACAUUCCAGCUGAAAAUGGGGAUGAUAGCAGCAGUGAUGAGUCUGCACAGAGCCCUUCAGCAGAGGGAACUACUUUAUCAUCAGACCUCAUGAAACUGUGUGGCGAGACCAAAACCAGGAACAAGGCUCGUAGGAGGACCACUACUCAGAUGGAGUUACUGUACGCAAACUCCGACUCUGCCCCCGAUGCACCCACUGCCGACUUCUCCAGUCCGAUGCUACCGUUAACUGAGACACCAGAAGGGGACAUGGACACGUCAGGCUCAUCAGUCAGGGACUACACUGCUCUCUCCCCUGGCUUUUCCUCUAAAAUGGGCAGCAUUUCUGGCUCCAGAACUUCGCCAGGGGUGGAAAAACGAGCUCCGGAGCCUUCGCCGCUCUCUCGCAGGAAGACCUAUGACAAGGCGAAUGCAGCAGCCGACAGGGCAAAGGUCAAGGAGAUCAAACAGAUGGAUCGAUGCCACCACCUGUGCUCCAGCCACAUUGUCCAUGCUGUUUCAUUUCCUGGCUCCGAAUCAUCCAAGGGAGUCAUUAACCCGGUGCCGUCCACUAAGAGUAGCCGGUCAGCCACGUUGCAGUGUGUCCAUGUGGCGGAGGGACACAGUAAAGCUGUUCUCUGUGUCGACUGCACUGAUGACCUUCUCUUCACUGGAUCCAAAGACCGGACAUGUAAGGUGUGGAACCUGGUGACAGGUCAGGAGAUAAUGUCCCUGGCCGGUCACCCCAACAACGUGGUGUCGGUCCGGUACAGCUCCAGUUUGGUCUUCACCGUCUCAACUUCCUACAUCAAAGUCUGGGACAUCCGCGACUCGGCCAAGUGCAUUCGUACGCUGACGUCGUCUGGUCAGGUUAAUGUUGGGGACAUCUGCGCGUCUAACACCAGCAGAACUGUCACCAUCCCAGCAGGAGAGAACCAGAUCAACCAGAUCGCCCUCAACCCCAACGGGACUGUUCUGUACACCGCUGCCGGAAACUCUGUCAGAGUCUGGGAUCUGAGAAGAUUUGCUUCCACUGGGAAACUUACUGGUCACCUCGGCCCAGUGAUGUGUCUGACUGUGGAUCAGUCUGGAAGUAACCAAGACCUGGUGAUCACCGGCUCCAAAGAUCAUUACAUUAAGCUGUUCGAUGUGACGGAGGGCUCUCUGGGGAGCAUUAGCCCUACACACAACUUUGAACCACCACAUUACGAUGGAAUCGAGUCACUGGUGGUGCAGGGGGACAUUCUCUUCAGCGGCUCCAGAGACAAUGGCAUCAAGAAAUGGGACCUGGACCGCAAAGACCUGCUGCAGCAAGUCCCCAAUGCUCAUCGGGAUUGGGUCUGUGCACUGGGUGUCGUCCCCGGCUCCCCGGCCCUGCUCAGCGGCUGCAGAGGGGGGGUGCUCAAGCUGUGGCACACAGACACACUAGGGACCCUGGGGGAGCUCAAGGGUCACGAAAGUCCCAUUAACGGCAUCUCUACCAACAGCAGCCACCUGUUCACUGCCUCAGAUGACCGGACUGUGAAGAUCUGGCGUGCAAGCGGUGGACUGGACAGCACCUCAGAGGUGGUUGACAAUGUGGACGAGGUGGCAAGCAACUGAACAGAGCGCCACCUGCUUGGUUUGACUAUGGAAGGACAUCAACAGCAUCCAGUGAUAAUGCUUCCCUGCACUUUGACCCCUUACCUCUGAAUCCCAAUGCUCAGCCCUAAAACACACCUUCAUUGCGAUGUAACCUUUAUGACUGCGCCAAGAGGAAACACUAAUGUCAAUAGCUGUGUUGUUACACUCUGUAUUCUCAGAGGCUUCUGCCAAUCACAUUUCAAAAUGCUUAAGAGUUUAACACUGCUCUGUGCUGUGCCACGAAAACAACACAAAAACAGACACACAACUACCCAGGGGAAGGGUGGUAGAAAAAAACAGGAGGAAGAGAAGAAGGUGGCAGAGCUAACAGGUUGGUAGCUGGUCUUCACAACCCAGUUCUCCAGUGUCUUUAGAUUGUUUCUCUGCAAGUGAAGCAGGACCAACCCCCCCAACCCCCCCACUACUAUCAAAAGUGUCUUUACUUUGUGUCGAAACAACAUAUCCACUUAAUGUCUCUUCCUAACUGGUUGUCUUUGCUGUCCUGCACUGGUGAACAAAACACACUUUACAGUCACAAACCUGCUUCGAGGAGACAUUUGACAUUAUGGGGGAUGUGAUUAUUCGCUUGCCUGCUAGGAGUUAUCUGUCUGCAAUGGCAAUGGAUUCAAUCAGCAUUCACUCCCGGGCCAAAUGACACAGGUUUUAUGUGCCUCCGAGAUGAGAGAGCACCUUUAAUUUCUGUGCGCUUGGGGCGUUGAAUGAUAAGCACUGGGGGGGAGAUGAAGAUGAGUCAAUCGCCUUUUUUUGCGGAUUUACCUGGGCUUAGAAAAACCUGUGUAUACCCUCUAAUUUCUGUGUGAGAGAUAUGUGAGAAAAUCGCUACCAUAGUACGUCUGGUGAGGUCAUGUGUCGUCCUGACAAAUGGAAGGCUACGUCCCUUUUUAUUCUCACAAGUUUUUAGUUUCAUAUUUACUAGCAUUGAGAUUGUCGUCAAACUCUGCGAGCAGGCAAAUAAAUGUAUUUCCCAAAAUGUCAAACUGUUCAUAUAUCUCUUGAGCACUUGUGAAAACAGACGUGAUAAGUUUUUGACAUUUCCUAAAUAUGAGCAGGAUAUUCUACACCUGUUUCUUUGUAAGUGAAAAAUUGUGUGUUCACUCUUCACACGUUGCUGUUAACAAUCACUGAACCCACACUACUGAGUCUACUUCUCCUGCUGCUAAGUCAUGUGCUCACCUUCCUUCACCCUAUGAGAGGGCUUCUUGUCGUGGACUCCAGGUGAGGUCCACUCGGUACCUUAGCAAUGUGUAUGUAUAUAUAUAUAUAUAUAUAUAUAUAUAUAUAUAUAUAUAUAUAUAUGUAAUAGCAUCUUUUAGUUUCUCUGAGAGAAGAGAUCUUCAGACUCUGCCCAUGUAGUGAGCCUUACCCCAUCUGAUCACCAUGCUCUGAGACACACUCCCUGUCUCCAUUAUCUGUUUCUGUCACGAUUGUGUGCCGUCACUUUUGAAUGUUAAGUGAAACAGCAGCUGUAGACAUUAUUCAAAAUACAUAUCUGAUGUAUGUAAACAAUGUGUUUUGAGAAGAAUCUGACUGAUUGUUAGUUUUGUGGGACCACCGAUCUGAACACGAGAGUUACACUUUGGUUAUAGUGGCUAAAGGUUACUGUAAAUUCUUUUCUUCUUUGUUUUGUUAUGCUGUCCUUGUUCCACAUUUUGGGCCUUCCUUUCUGGAGUUUCAGCUGCCAAUCCCAAGUGGCGGACUCUAGCAAUUCUAAUGUCAGAUGCCUGGUGAGAAUAAACGCCAUCUGUCAAAAAC